AGUCUCUCACUUUACUGCGGCAUUAUGAACUUCCGGUUCCAAAACCUCCUCGGAGCGCCCUACCGGGGCGGCAACGCCAUCAUCGUCAACAACACCCAGAUCGUUUCGCCUGUGGGCAACCGGAUCACUGUCACGGAUCUCCUCAAGUCGCAAACCGUCACCCUCCCUGUCCAAGCGUCGUCGAACAUCCGCCGAGUAGCCGCCUCCCCAGACGGCGUAUUCCUCCUCGCCAUCGACGACAACAACCGCUGCCUCUUCAUCAACCUCCCCCGCCGAGCCGUGCUCCACCGCAUCACCUUCAAGGGUCCCGUACACGCUGCUGAGUUCUCUCCCGACGGAAAGUUCAUUGCUGUCGGAACCGGUAAAUUGGUCCAAAUCUGGCGGUCUCCUGGUUUUAGGAAGGAGUUUUUCCCCUUCGAACUGAUUAGGACGUUUGCCGAUUGUAACGAUAAUGUUACGUCGAUAGAAUGGAGCCCCGAUUCGAAUUAUAUAAUCGUCGGAGCUAAAGAUUUGGCUGCCAGGUUGUUCUAUGUGAAGAAAUUGAAAGGUGUUCACUUCAAGCCGUUUCUGUUUUUAGGUCACAGAGAUUCAGUUGUUGGUUGUUUUUUCGGCGUGGAUAAGAAGACAAAUAGGAUAGAUAGGGUCUAUACGAUUACACGUGACUGUUACAUAUUGAGCUGGGGAUACAACGAAGGUAAUAAGGAAGGAGAAUUAUCCAAUCCGCCUUCACCCUGUACUCCUGAGAGGGACGAUGAGGGCUUGGUUUCGGAUGGUAAUGCAAGGAAAAGAAAAGAUUUUGCUGGGAAAGAUGGUAAUCUGGGCGUAGAUGGGGAAUAUGUGAGCAAAGGGAAGUGGGAAUUACUAAGGAAGGAUGGGUUUAAUCAAGCUCCAGCAAAGUUGACCGCGUGCGAUUAUCAUCGGGGAGUUGAGCUCAUGGUUGUUGGGUUCUCAAAUGGAGUGUUUGGGUUGUAUCAGAUGCCUGAUUUCGUAUGCAUUCACUUGCUGUCAAUUUCAAAGGAGAAGAUCACAACUGCGGGGUUUAAUGGGCUGGGGAAUUGGUUGAGUUUUGGGUGUGCGAGGCUUGGGCAAUUACUUGUGUGGGAGUGGAGGUCCGAGAGCUAUAUACUGAAGCAGCAGGGGCAUUACUUUGAUGUGAACUGCCUCGCAUAUUCACCUGAUUCACAGCUCUUGGCUACUGGAGCGGACGACAACAAAGUAAAGGUGUGGACGUUAUCUUCUGGCUUCUGCUUUGUGACGUUCUCUGAGCACACAAAUGCUGUCACAGCUCUUCAUUUCAUGGCUAACAACAACUGCCUUCUGAGUGCAUCUCUCGAUGGGACUGUUCGUGCCUGGGAUUUGUUCCGUUAUCGAAAUUUCAGGACAUUUACCACCCCUUCUGCUAGGCAGUUUGUUUCUCUGGCUGCAGAUCAGAGUGGUGAAGUGAUCUGUGCAGGAACCCUGGAUUCAUUUGAGGUGUUUGUGUGGUCCAUGAAGACUGGCCGUUUAUUGGACAUCCUUAGUGGUCAUGAAGGUCCAGUUCAUGGGUUAAUGUUUUCUCCAACGAAUGCAAUCUUAGCUUCAUCUUCAUGGGACAAGACUGUCAAGCUGUGGGAUGUUUUCGAUGGGAAAGGAGCUGUCGAGACUUUUCCUCACACUCAUGAUGUUCUUACUGUUGUUUAUCGUCCCGAUGGAAAGCAAUUGGCUUCAAGUACCUUAGAUGGGCAGAUCCAUUUCUGGGACCCGAUUGAUGGGUUGUUGAUGUACACCAUUGAGGGCCGUAGGGACAUUGCUGGGGGCCGUCUAAUGACUGAUCGCAGAUCAGCUGCUAACUCGAGUUCUGGAAAAUGCUUUACAACUUUGUGUUAUUCUGCCGAUGGCAGUUACAUUCUUGCUGGGGGAAGCAGCAAAUAUAUUUGCUUGUAUGACGUUGCUGAUCAGGUACUGCUGCGUCGUUUCCAGAUAACCCACAAUCUCUCUUUAGAUGGAGUUCUCGAUUUCCUCAACUCGAAGAAGAUGACAGAGGCUGGGCCUAUGGAUCUGAUCGAUGAUGAUAACAGCGACACAGAGGAAGGUGUCGAUAAGCAGACACGUGGGAACAUGGGCUAUGGUUUACCUGGAUCCAUGCCGAACGGAGGUCGGCCCAUCGUUCGAACAAAAUGCCUGAGAAUCGCCCCCACUGGAAGAAGCUUCGCAGCUGCAACCACCGAGGGUGUUCUAGUUUAUUCAACUGAUGAUUCUUUCAUCUUUGAUCCCACUGAUCUCGAUAUAGAUGUUACACCAGAGACAGUUGAUGUGGCAAUUAAUGAGGGUCAACUGAAGAGAGCUCUAAUCCUCAGUCUGCGGUUGAAUGAGGACUCUUAUAUUAAGAAAUGCAUAUUUGCUGUUCCUCCUGCGGACAUACCGGGUGUUGCAUCAGCAAUUCCUUUCAGAUACUUGCAGAGAUUAAUAGAGGCUUUCGCUGAUCUUGUAGAGAGUUGUCCGCAUCUCGAGUUCAUGCUUCAGUGGUGUCAGGAAAUGUGCAAAAGCCACGGUCACUCAAUUCAGCAGAACUCAAAAACCCUUCUCCCUGCUUUGAAAUCCUGGCAGAAGGCCAUUACGAGAAUGCACCAAGAUCUAGCAGAGACAUGUUCUUCCAAUGAAUAUACACUUCGGUAUUUGUGUUCUUCCAUCACUAAGUAACGAUGUAGAACCACCAAAGAAAGCACUCUUUCUCCCCGUUCAAAGGAAGAGGAUGCAAACCUGCGACGCUUGUUGUAAUGUCACACAGAGAGAGAAAUUGAUCAUUGUCUUAAAGAUUUCAUUUCAAUUCUAAUUUCAUGUUAAAUUAUAAAAUUAAAAAAAUAAAAGGAAAUUAAAUA